AUGAAGAAGAGUGCUGAUGCUGAGUAUGAUUUCUUGGAUUUCUGGGAAGCGAAUCAAAAGUUCUUUGCUAUGAAGCAAGGAACAACGGAAAACUUGAUACAUUUCAAGGAACAAUUCUUGAGACAGGCUGAAGUCCUGCAAGAUCUAUAUGGCGUGGCCUGGUUCCGAGAUUUUGCAGUCAAGACGAAAGCAUAUGCUGCUAUUGCUAGCACCGAUACUGCUGCUCAAAACAAGUUCAAGGAUGAUAUCUUUGAAGCCGUUCUUGCAACAGGAUUUCUAUGCAACAGCGAUCAAACGAGAACAGCUCCUCUGAUGCUGGAUCUUCAGACAAACUAUUGCAGAGAAGUGGAUUAUUAUCCAAAGACGGUCAGCAAAGCACAAGAUAUGUUGAAAAUUCACAUGGAAGUGAGUAAAAAUCCGGGAGUGAACCUCUACCAAGGAAAAGACCAACCUAAUAAAGGUAAAGGUAAAGGAAAAGGGAAGGGGAAACCGAAGGAUGGAAAGAAGGCAGCAUGUUAUGUAUGUGUGGCAACAAAGACCAUAUGUCUCCAAAAUGCCCAGACAGACUGCUACCAAAGACCCAAUGGAAGAAUCAGGAUCAAUAUGUUGACUAUGGGAAGAAGUUCAAUCUUAAUCAGAUUGGAGCAACUAUCCAAGCUACUGUUCCAGCUAUAG